AUGUUAUCACUGGCUCACAAAACAGCCGCUGUUAGCAUCUUCGACCAAGUAUCCAGAAAUUUGGCUAGCAUAGGUUGCAUACCCUUGUCAGAGUACCUAUAUGGUUCUUCAUCUAUCCCAGCAGCACCACUACAACAGGAAACCCUAUCUACCGUUCUCCAGAAUGUUCCCAUUCAACACCCACAACCCUCAACACCGGCCAUAACCAAGACGUCAGUUGACACCGUCUCAGCAAACGCUAUCAGCCGUUUACAUCAAACAUCUCAACGCACGUUCGGAUCCAUCGAGCCACUUAAGUUUGAAUUCAUCGAGGAAGCCGGCCAGCGCAGCAAGAAAUGCAUAUUGACAAUAUCUCGUCCAAACGGAAGCACUCGUUCUUAUGCAACCGAUCCCGUCUAUUCUCGCAAAUCCGAUGCAAAAUCUGCUGCGGCCACUCUCGCGAUCGAAAUGGGUGCACUGGAUUUCAUCACUCACGGAGAUCCUGAGGAACUCAAACUUAAACGCGGACUUGUCCUCGCCUCCAUCAAUAGCUCACAAAACCAGGAGCGUACACAAGCAGAGUUCGGAUCUACUGCUGAGCAUCUAGACGGCAAUAAUGCGAUUGAGCAAAUCGAGACCUGUUGCGCAGAAUGGCGGGGUGGUUCCAUUGCACCACAUUGGGUAGCAUUGCUAGAGCCCAAAGUCGGUCACACUCAAGGUUGUGCCCUCAGAAUCGAACUUUCACCACACGUAAUCAAGGUCUACGCAUCCGAUACCAUCUACAACACGUAUAACGAAGCAAAGGGCGCGUGUGCUGAAGCCGCACUUCGCGAAGGCGUUCUCGACUUUAUCAAGCACGGAAACGGCCAACUACGCCCUGCAUCCCCCCAACUAUACUCAGCCCCCAGUUCCUCCGACAUAAAUGGUGUCUCAGCCAACAAACAACCUCCAUCGACUCUCCAGGCAUUCUACGAAUCCCUCCCCCGUCCAUUUCCUGAAUCUUUCGAAAGCAAAGACGUCAACGAGCUCGGUGCGCCUGGAUAUAUGAACACCCUCGUACAAAAUGCAAGAGGCGGAAAGUUGACCACCACAUUCAUUUUCACAUCAGACGGAACUCCAGGACUGCACGGUUGUUUCCUCCGCUUAGACAGACCCACAGAAUAUAGAGCAUACCUCGUCGAUCCCAGGUUCCCAAAACGCGCAGAUGCAAAAGCAGCCGUAUGCCUCCAGGCGCUGUCUCAGGGCGCUGGAGAUUACAUGCGCGCGAUAGGAAAGGCUGUCGAGGAGAGAGUCACGCCUUUGAUGAAAACAUGGGUGAACGAUCAAGUAUACCCUGCCCUCUUAUCCGAGUAUAAUAAACUCAGGGGUCGGCAUCCUAAUUUUACUUAUGAGAAGGAGAAAGAUGCCUUUGGAUGCACGAUGACGCUCCAGCUCUCUGCCGAUCCUAUGCCUGACCAAACACGAAUCUGGACAGUAUCGAAUAACUACCGCAACAAGGCAGAUGCCAAGGUAGCUGUCAUUUGCAUCGCAAUCGAACAAGGUGUGAUGGAGUUCCUCCGGUUUCGAGGCGAGCCUCCUCCUCCUGGCUAUACCACCCCAUAUUCUCUGCAGACCUUUGACCCUGGAUCGUCUCAGAAAUCCAACGGGAAACGAAAGAUGGUCGAGGAUGCGCACUCGCAGGGUGAACAUGAAAAGCCUACAAAACGACAAAAGAAAGCAAAGCUUGAGAGCGCUGCAACCAAACACGGUAACAAGAAAGCGAAAGGCAGCACCCUCAUCCAUAGCAUUCCCGAGUCUGGCACCAUCCGUGCAGGACAACCUUCUCGAAAGGGGUACGCUUCUGCACCAUAUCGGCCAGGACUUGGGGAUGAGAGUGGUUCUGGGACUGCGUACCGUCUGCCGCAGGUGUUCUUGAAUCCUAUUCCACCUAAUAGGCCUGAUCAGCGGUUCAUGCCUCUUCGCGCGCAUUCUUCUGUGCAAGGUGAUUAUGGGUAUCCGUUUUCGGCACAGUCUUUCGCUGGAGCUUCGGGCACUAGUUCUGGAGGUGGUGCGGGUGCGGAGCGGUUAGGUGAUUCAUCUGAGCCAGAACCUGGGGAGGUUGUAUGA